AUGGCAGCCACCCGAGCGCUGGAGACUGGCCUCCAGCGUAUGUCCAUUACAGAUGAGAAUGAUCCUGGUGAGGCUGGUCGCAUAUACCAAAAGUCCAAGACUGUCGCCUCUUCUUCCGCACAGCUCUCCCAGUCCAUCAGCCGACCAGGCCUGUUCAAGGUCGCUCUUCAGUCUCAAAACACCAACACGGUCACAACCGUGACUCUGCCUUCCCAAGCCGCACAACGGAAAGGCCAAGCAGCUGCCUCUUCUUCUGCCGCCUCGACAUUACCCCCAUCACCCACCAAGAAAAAUGCCCAGUCCACUACCGUCACUCUGCCUUCUCAGACAGUACAGCGGAAAGCCCAGGUGGCCAGCAGCAACCCCCCCUCGCCCACAAAGAAGGACAAGUCCAGCAACGCCAGCACGACUGUCUCUCGCAGAUCAGAGGAGGCCGAGUCCGAGCAGCAGUCGCAACAGCUGACCCUGCUGGACGAGCCCCGGAUCUUCCACCUCGGCAUGUUCGAGAUCGGCAAGCCGCUGGGCAAGGGCAAGUUCGGGCGGGUGUACCUGGUCAAGGAGCGCAGCAGCGGCUUCAUCUGCGCGCUCAAGGUCAUGUACAAGUCGGAGCUGCAGCAGGGGUCGGGCGUCGAGAAGCAGGUGCGCCGCGAGAUCGAGAUCCAGAGCAACCUGCGGCACCCCAACAUCCUGCGGCUGUACGGGCACUUCCACGACCCCAAGCGCAUCUUCCUCAUCCUCGAGUACGCCAGCCAGGGCGAGCUGUACAAGCUGCUGCGCAAGGCCAACCGCUUCCCCGAGUGGAAGGCCGCCCAGUACGUCGCCCAGAUGGCCUCGGCGCUGCGGUACCUGCACCGCAAGCAUGUCAUCCACAGGGACAUCAAGCCUGAGAAUAUCCUUGUUGGCAUCCACGAUGAGAUCAAGAUCUCGGAUUUCGGCUGGAGCGUCCACGCCCCCACCCACAGGCGGGCUACCCUCUGCGGUACGCUGGAUUAUCUCCCGCCAGAGAUGAUCAAGUCUGGUAGCAAGGACAACUGGUACGACGAGAAGGUUGACCUGUGGAGUCUGGGUGUUCUGACGUACGAGUUCCUGGUCGGCGAGGCCCCAUUUGAGGAUACCCCUGUGAUGACCCAGCGACGUAUUGCCCGAGCGGACAUGACAAUCCCGUCCUUUGUGAGCCCUGAGGCUAGGGACCUUAUCAAAAAGUUGCUGGUACUGGACCCGGAGAAGAGACUGCCCCUCGAGGACGUCCACACCCACCCUUGGAUCCUGAAGCACUGCGUCAAGGGAGAACGGGCCACCGACCGGGAGAAGAGUAAAUGA